AUGAACUCCAUAGCUCAAAGGUAUACCAAUUCGCAAAACAAUGAUGUGUUAAAUGAAAUAAGUGAAAUCAAUGCAUCACGUUCGUCCCACCAACAACUCAAUUUGGCACCAUCAAUUGCCGUUCCACCUAUUUCACAACCUACUGACUUUUUGAGAGCACAUACCGAUGAUUCAAAGAAUCCAGAUUGUAAGAUCAAGAUAGCGCAUGGUACAACCACUUUAGCAUUUCGUUUUCAAGGAGGUAUAAUCGUUGCCGUUGAUUCUCGUGCUACCGCUGGUAACUGGAUCGCUUCGCAAACAGUCAACAAAGUUAUCAGAAUCAAUCCUCAAUUACUAGGUACAAUGGCUGGUGGUGCCGCAGAUUGUCAAUUUUGGGAGACGUGGUUGGGAACUCAAUGUAGAUUACACGAAUUGAGAGAGAAGGAGAGAAUAUCGGUCGCUGCAGCUUCAAAGAUAUUAAGUAACUUGGUGUAUUCCUACAAAGGAAUGGGAUUGAGUAUGGGAACAAUGGUUUGUGGUCAUACAAAGAAAGAAGGACCUACUAUCUAUUAUGUCGAUUCUGAUGGAACUCGUUUGAAAGGUGACGUGUUUUGUGUAGGUUCAGGUCAAACAUUUGCUUAUGGUGUAUUGGAUUCCGAAUUAAAAUGGGAUUUAACAGUCGAAGAGGCAUUGUACUUGGGUAAAAGAAGUAUCUUGGCUGCUACUCAUAGAGAUGCAUACUCUGGUGGUUCAAUUAACUUGUACCACGUGAAUGAAGAAGGGUGGGUAUAUCAUGGUAAUUACAAUGUUGGUGAUUUAUUCUGGGAAGUUAAAGAAAAGGAAAAAUCAUUUGUGAAUGUUGACGGUUGA